AUGGCUGACUACGAUCGUCGUCGACGAGGCGGAGGGGGAGGUGGUGGUGGUGGCGGCGGCGGCAGUCACUUCAACAAUCGCAAGAGAAGAUAUCGAAACGAUGACUUUGAGGAUCGCCGCCCGCAGCGGCGCCGCUACGAGGAACCACUCGCUACCACCCUUCGCAAGCAAGUUCUGUCGAUCGCAGAGAGUCCAAUUCGACGGCCCGAAGAAGACGUCGCAACCAUCGCAAAGACGUUGGCGGAUAACUACUUUGACACCGAUGUCACCUCGGGCUUCCUGGAUUUGGCCGUGCAGCUUACUAUCGAACAACCGCUCAAGAUUCCGUUCGUUGCCGGCAUCAUCUUGCUUGCAAAUGCCCUGAAACCAGAAUUUACACCGGAGGUCCUCGCCCGAAUCGGAGGAGCGCUGCAAAAAUACCUGAACUUAGGGCAAUGGCGCGAAGUCAAGCUCUACCUGCGCCUUUUGGGCUGCCUGCAGGGCAUGUUCCACGGAGAUGGUGUCUUUCCCGUUCUUGACGAGCUCUUCUCGCGUGCGGCCGACCUACAGAUGAAGUCGUCUGAAGACUCCCUUGGCCUUGAGCUGGUCAAAAUCAUCCUGUUGACCAUUCCGUAUACCAUGGCGUCCUCAGCAACAGGAUUCGAAAGCCAGGCCUCCGCUCUCCUCGAGAAGACGGAUAUUAUUGCCUCGACCGCCCACCCACUCGAGGCACUGGUCGAUCCCUUCCCGAGCCCCGAACCUGGGGCACCUGCCGGCUCGGAGAGCGCCCUCGCUCUACUGCAGAGACACAUGCAAGAGGAGGCCCAAAAUUCAUGGGAAUUGGCCUGCCUACCGCGCCCUUGGAAGAAGAACCGAUCUGGCGAGGAGGAAGAUCCCCUGGAGGCAGCGCAAAAACAGCCGUUCCCUCAGAUCACGGUUCCGGAGACGGUACAGAUUGGCCCUCGAUCCCUGUUCCCCGAAACAUACUCUUCUGUGUACGCCGAACAAGACAUUGAGACGGUCCCUGCGUCCUCGGAUCCAGCUGCAUUGCUCAUCCGAGAUGCAUUGGCCGACACCAUCAAUGUCCUCCACUUCAAUCGAGCAGUCGCUGCCAAGUUUCUGAUCGAUGUGGACUGUUACUUUGCCCCGGAUACCUUCGUGAAGCGAGCAACUCCUUUCGACAAGCUUCGGGAGGUUGCUGGGGACAAAGCUACCUGGAAACCCGAGGACGUCAUCGUCGAUGCUGCCUUUGCUCAACUACUGAAACUACCUGCUCCCGAACACAAGCUGGUCUACUAUCACGCCGUACUGACUGAAGCUUGCAAGCUUGCUCCUGCUGCAGUUGCGCCUAGCUUGGGUCGAGCAAUUCGCUACCUGUACCGUAACUUGGACAGGAUGGACAUGGAGCUUUCGCAACGCUUUUUGGACUGGUUUGCCCACCACCUGAGCAACUUCGGCUUUACCUGGAAGUGGACUGAAUGGGUUGAUGACGUGGCCCUACCGGACGUCCACCCCAAAAAGGCCUUCAUGAUCGAUGCUCUAGAGAAGGAAAUCAGACUGAGCUUCUCAAAGAGGAUCAAGGGCACUCUCCCGGAACCGUAUCAAGCGCUCAUCUCAGAAGCCAAAGAGAAAGACACGCCUGACUUCAAAUACCACGAAGAGUCGACGCCGUUUUCAGCCGAAGCACAGGAAAUUGCACAGCUGAUCCGGCGGAAAGCAACACACGACGAAUUUACCCCGAUCCUGCAGAAGAUUGAGCAAGAUGCUGCAAGUCAAGGGCUCCCAGACCCCGCUCUCGCCUCAGUCGACGCGUUCAUGACUUCGAUCUGCUGGGUUGGAUCGAAAUCACUGUCCCAUGCUCUUGCUUGUACCGAACGCUGUAAGGACCGGCUUCUGGCAUUCAGCGCGUCGAGCUCGGCGUGCAGAAAACAAAUCAUCACCUCGGUCAUGGACUACUGGCGCGAUCAGCGUGGCGUCGGCGUCAUCUUGAUCGACAAACUCCUCAACUACCAGAUCCUGACACCGCCGAGUGUGAUUGAGUGGGCAUUGAUUGACCAUGUCGAUCGCGGUAGGCUCCUUGCGACGACAUGGUGUUAUGAACUCGUCAACAAUACGACUGGCAAAGUUGCAGGUCGGGUGCGAAGUCUCGUCGCUGCAAUCCGCACUCCAGGGCUCACUGAGGAGCAAAAGAACGAACUGCAAUCGACACUGACUACCGAGCUGGAGGGCAUGAAAUCUCUCUUCGCGACCAUCGAAGACGCGGUUGGAAGUAUUCGCGAUGGCAACCAAGAUGGGAUGAUCGAAAGCUCUGACGCUCUACGCGCGGAGGAUGAAGCUCUUCUGAGAAAUUGGGGUGGACGGUGGGCGAGGGUGUUUCAGCGCAAGGGCGCGGUAGAGGAGAGCUGGGUGAGGGAGGAGUUGGCGAGGCCGAUUCCCGAGCCAGAGGUCAAGGAGGAGAUGAUGAAGGAUGAACAUGCCAACGUCAAUGAAGGGCGAGGAGAGAUCAACGGCGGGACAGCGGUGCAUGGAGAGGAUCGAGAUGGACUGGACGGGAUUGAAUAG